CUCAUCAUCAAAUCUCUCUACAGAACAUGAGCAUGGUUCUGUAACCAGACAACAUCUCACAACUUGAACUCCCUCUUUCUCUUUUUCAUUUUUCAGACAAAAAAAAAAAAGGAUGGUUGCAUCAUUCUCUUACACUGCUUGCACCAAGCUUUCUCUGUUACAUCCUCCCAUGGCUGCUCAAAUCCGACCAAUUAAAACAACACAAAAGGCGUUCGUGAUGACGAAUCCUGAACAAGACAGUACACUCGAGGAACAGGAAACAGAGAUAAUAAAAGAAGAGCAAACUGAGAAGAAGAUGAAGAAGCAGCCAACGCCAUUGAGACCAGUGGAGAAACAGUCAAAUGUGAAAAGCACGGGCAUGCCAAGAGAGUUUGGUGGUCAGUGGCUAAGCAGCGUGACACGUCACGUCAGGAUUUAUGCUGCUUAUAUCGAUCCAGAGACUUGUGAGUUUGACCAGACGCAGAUGGAUAAACUCACUUUGAUUCUUGAUCCUACUGAAGAGUUUGUGUGGGAUGAUGAAAGCUGUAACAAGGUCUAUUCUUAUUUCCAAGAACUCGUUGAUCACUACGAGGGAGCACCAUUAACGGAGUAUACAUUAAGAUUGAUAGGAUCGGACGUAGAGCAUUACAUAAGGAAGAUGUUGUUUGAUGGAGAGAUACAAUACAAUAUGGAUGCAAGAGUUCUUAAUUUCAGUAUGGGCAAGCCUCGUGUUCAAUUCAACACCAGCAACAUUGAAGUUGGUGGAGAUGGCCAGCCUCAAGAAUAGGCAUAGUGAAACAACUCUUUACUAAAACUAUGUACACUGGAAAAUAUCUAUAUAUAUGAUAUGGUUUUAUGGAAUGCUUUUCCAAUUUCUCCUGUUACGAGUAACAUGUGUUAUGUGUAUAUAUUAUGAUCAUCAGGUAUGUUAAGUUUUAUUUAGUAAUCUGCAGACCAAUAAAAUUAUUUUACAAUGAA